AUGUUGCCUGGUGGGGUACAGGCGAAUCUGUUCUUGUUUCCUCCCUGCUUAUCUGCGGAUAUUCUCAGGCGUUUCUCUCUUGUAUGGUGUCAGUGGUCGUCAUGGCGGCGGCCAGGACGGACAAUUCUUGCCGAUCCUAGGGUCUUCAUGUCUGUUCGAGGCGGUGACGGUUUCUUGCCCUCGAUACGUACAGUUUGCUAA